CGUGGCUCAAACACAUCCAAACAGACGUACAUACCAGUUUCAUCAGGCUGGUCUAAAUACUGUACCAUAGAUUCUAUGGUUUUACUUGGUCUAUGGUCUAGUCUAGCUAUGGCCCAGGCUGUGAGGGCUACUGUCAGAGCCGUUAAAACCAGCCGAAAGUUUGUCCCCAGGAAGGCUGCUAUUGUCUUGACACCAGCGGCAUCUAAUAAAGUGAAAGAAAUGCUCUCAGAAAACAGUGAUGCUCUGGCUCUAAGAGUGGGCGUUCGUACCAGAGGCUGCAACGGACUCUCCUACACGCUAGAGUACACCAAACAAAAGGAAAAGUUUGACGAAGAAGUGAAUCAAGAUGGAGCCCGGCUGUUCGUCGAUGCUAAGGCUCAGUUGACUCUGCUAGGCACAGAAAUGGACUAUGUACAGUCCAAACUAGCUAGCGAGUUUAUUUUCAACAAUCCUAACGUGACUGGUACAUGCGGCUGUGGGGAAAGCUUCAAUGUAUGAUCAUUAUUAUGUACGUAUGUCAUUAAUUUGCUUCCGCUUAUAUUUAUGAUCAUCAAUUUGUUCAUUUUUA